AUGCACAAAGACACACUUAACCACACAGCUGAAAGCCAAGUGCCCCAGGAGCCGGUGAAGAUUGAAAAGCCUCCCAAAUUUGCCGGCAUGGCAUCUAAAAAGCAGACGGAUGCACUAUACAAAUGUUUUCGUCCUUGCGGACAAAGCUUGGCAGGAUCUAGUCUUCUGUAUAAGUGGCAGAAAAGUCUUGGCAAUUACAUCGCUGUUGCAGGACAUGACAACUCAGUGAAAAUAUUUGAUCGACAUGGACACAAAUGGACUGAACUCAACCUUCCAGGGCGCUGUGUGGGAAUGGACUGGGAUAAAGAUGGGGACAUUCUGGCAGUGAUAGCUGCAAAAUCUGGUUCCAUCUACCUGUGGGAUGCCAGCGUCAACAAAACAUCCCAGAUAGAUAGCGGCAUGAGAGAUCAAAUGCCUUCAUAUUAUGUCAAGACUGGCCCUCUGUGGCAGUUGGGCAGUCAAGGAAACCUGUUGAUUACAAUCAACAAAACAUCACGCAAAAUCCCUGUUUUAGGUAAACACACCAAAAAGAUCACCUGCGGGUGCUGGAGUACACAGAAUAUUCUGGCUCUGGGAAGUGAUGACAACACUCUGAGUAUCAGUAAUCAUGAGGGGGACACCAUCAGACAGACAGCUUUGCAUGGUGAGCCAGCUGAAGUUUUCUUUUCUUUGAUGAAAACAGAUGAAAGAUCCUCCCAAGGAGAGAACACUGUGAGUAUAUCAGUGGACAAGAGGAUCCUAAUUCUUUUCAACAUCAACGACCCAGAAAACCGGAUAGAACUGACCUUUCAGCGACACUAUGGAAGUAUUGUGUCCUACCGCUGGUAUGGGGAUGGGUACAUACCUCAUUGGUUUUCCCAUGGAUACUUUGUGGUUAUUUCUACCCACAUCAGGGAGAUAGGCCAGGAGCUCUAUCAAGCCCGUAACCAUAAGGACAGCCUCAACAGUGUGGCCAUUUCAUCGGCAUUAAAUAAGGCUGCCUUCUGCGGGGACAACACUAUAAAGAUACAUGAGCUCCCAGAAAUCAAAGAUAUCAGCAAUAUAAUUGGUCUGGAUGAUGAGAAUAAAGGUCUUGACCAACUCAGCUGGACAGAUGAUGGUCAGUUGCUGGCGGUUUCCACCCAAAAAGGGGCACUCCAUGUCUUCCUGACUAAGCUGCCUAUCCUUGGUGACAGCUUUGGUACCCGGACGGCUUACCUGACAUCCCUGCUGGAGGUCACUGUGUCUAACCAAGUGGAGGGGGAGAGUCCUGUGGCCAUAGAGGUAGAAGUACAGCCCACUUUCAUUGCAGUAGGACCCUCUCAUGUGGCUGUUGGAAUGAACAACAGAGCCUGGUUCUAUGCAUUGACGGACCGAGAGCCUGGUUUCACCAAGUUGAAAGACAUUGAGUAUUUGGGUACGAUUGCCAGUAUGUGCCUCAACUCAGACUAUGCAGCGGCUCUAUUUGAGGGAAAAGUGCAGUUACACAUGAUUGAAGGCAAAGACCAGGAGGAGAAGAGGCAGAUGAUGUUUCCAGAUGAUGACAGAAAAGGACGGAUCCGUCAUGCUCUCACCACAGAUUUCCUUUACUACAGCACAGAUUUAGGUAAUGUGGUGUGUUUCUUGGUGGGAUGGGAAACAUUGAACACUUAUAACCACAACGUUGGAGUAAGGAGUUUUCCUGACAUAAAUGGCACACGGCGUUUUAUCGAUGACAAGAAUGGCGGCUUCCUGCUCUCUCCUGCGACAGAUUCCUGCUUUGAGAUCCCAAACUUCUCACCCACCACAGGAGUGCUUUGGGACAACUGGCAUGUGGAUAGAGGAGUGUUUGUAGCCUAUAAUGAUGACAAAGUCUACACCUAUGCCUUGCACAAAACCACAAUAUAUGGGCCACAGGUGGUGUUGGUGGGGAGCACUCCACUCCUCUAUUCCCAGAAGCCUUUGCUGUUAUACAAUGGAGAGCUGACCUGUCAGACAACGAGUGGCAAACUAGUGAGGUGGGCCCUGAGCACACACUCCUUCCUCAAGCGCAAAAAACGGCGCACCAGUAGAUCACAAGAGCAAAGUAUGCAGCUCAGCCAAGCUCUCAUGCUCAAGAGGUUCCAUGAAGCCUGGUAUCUGUGUAAAUCAACAAAUGCAGACAAAGACUGGGCUGAGUUAGGCAAAGCUUGUCCUCAUCCACAUGGAGGUAGAGCUGGCCAUCAGGUCUACCGCAUGAGUGGCAACGUAGGCAUGGUCAUGUCACUGCAGAGCAUCCAUGGAAUAGAAGAUAGGAAUUUACUGGCAGGCCAUUUGGCCAUGUUUUUGGAUGAAUACAACCUUGCUCAGGACCUUUAUCUUUCCUCAAGCUGCCCAAUUGCUGCUCUGGAGAUGAGGAGGGACCUGUUGCAUUGGGACAGCGCUCUCAUGUUAGCCAAGCGCCUAGCAGAAGAUCAGAUUCCAUUUAUAUCUAAGGUUGCAGUCCACCUGGAGUUUAUUGGAGACUAUGUCAAUGCUCUGGCACACUAUGAGAAAGGCAUGACACGCACCAAUGACAUGCAGGAACAUGAUGAGGUGUGUCAGGCAGGUGUAGCCAGGAUGUCCAUCCGGAUGGGUGAUAUCAGGAGAGGAGCGGCUCAGGCUAUUCAACACCCAAGCAGAGUCCUCAAGAAGGAAUGUGGAGCCAUACUUGAGAGCUGAAAGCAAUUCUCUGAGGCUGCUCGCUCUAUGAAACAAGGCCAGUACUAUGACAAGGCCGCAUCAGUCUACAUUCGGUGUAAAAACUGGGCAAAGGUGGGUGAGUUGCUCCCACACGUCUCUUCUCCAAAAAUCCACCUCCAAUACGCAAAGGCCCAGGAGGCAGAUGGCAAGUAUAAGGACGCAGCUCAAGCUUAUGAAAGCGCGAAAGACUGGGAUAACAUGAUCCGCGUACUGUUGGACCAUCUGAACAACCCAGAGGAUGCCGUUCGCAUUGUCAGGGAGACGCAGAGCAUCGAUGGAGCAAAGAUGGUUGCCAGGUUCUUCCUGCGGUUGAAUGACUACGGUUCUGCUAUCCAUUUCCUGGUUCUGUCUCAGUGUAAUGAUGAAGCCUUCCAGCUGGCUCAGCAACAUGGACAGAUGGAGGUCUACGCAGACAUCAUUGGCUCUGAGGCGACACAGGAGGAUUACCAGAGCAUCGCCCUCUACUUUGAGGGGGAGAAGAAACACCUGUUGGCUGGAAAGUUCUUUCAGAAAUGUGGCCAGUACAGCAGAGCGUUGAAGCACUUCCUGAAAUGUCCAAACACUGAAGAUAACUUGGCUGUUGAGAUGGCAAUAGAGACGGUGGGCCAAGCCAAAGACAACUCUCUGACCAAUCAGCUGAUAGAUUACCUGAUGGGAGAGAGUGAUGGUAUGCCAAAGGAUGCCAAGUACCUGUUUCGUUUGUACAUGGCUCUGCAGCAGUACAGAGAGGCUGCUCGCACCGCCAUCAUCAUCGCCAGAGAAGAGCAGUGUGCAGGGAACUACCGUAACGCCCACGAUGUCCUGUUUAGUAUGUACACUGAGCUACAGGCCCAGAAAAUUAAAAUACCUGCUGAGAUGGCCACCAAUCUCAUGAUCCUCCACUCCUACCUAUUAGUCAAGAUCCAUGUAAAAAGAGGAGAUCCUAAAGGGGCGCGCAUGCUCAUUCGUGUUAGCAACAAUAUCAGCAAAUUUCCUGCACAUGUGGUUCCCAUUCUGACAUCAGCUGUCAUUGAAUGCCACCGUGCCGGCUUGAAGGACUCGGCCUUCAGCUUUGCCGCCAUGUUAAUGAGACCAGAGUACCGCAACGACAUCGACCAGAAAUACAGGAAGAAGAUAGAGGCUAUGGUUCGACGUCCAGAUACCUCGGAGCUGGAAGAAGAGACGACUCCGUGUCCCUUCUGUGGUUUCCAGUUACCACAGAAUGAACUGCUGUGCAUCUCCUGCAAGAACAACCUGCCUUACUGCAUCGCCACGGGUCGGCACAUGCUCAAAGAGGACUGGUCCAUUUGUCCUCACUGCGAAUUCCCUGCUCUCUACUCACAGUUCAUCCUGUUGCUGGAGACUGAAGCCGUGUGUCCCAUGUGUUCAGAGACUCUGAGCGUCCAACAGGUCAAGAAAAUCUCAGAUUGUUCCAAAUACCUACAACCUGAUGAACCAGAUCAGUGAAAAGUAUGUAUGUCCAUGAUCUGUGCAAAUACAUAAAAUAUAUGUGUGCAGCUUUUAGAGUUGAAGAAAACAUUGAAGUAACAGUUAAACUGACACUUGGCAAACAGAAAUUUUGUAUUUAUCUUUAGGCAAAACUGUCUUUUUGAGCAAAUGCUUCAUUUUGUAAAGGUUUUUUCGGUCAAGAGAUUUUUUUUAAAAAUUGUUUACCUGUAAUUAUAAAUAUAUGUGAAUA